CCCCCGAGUGCUGCUGCUGCUGCCCCCGGCGGCUGCCGCCGGGCUCCAGGAAAGUAGCUUGAUGAGUGUCCAAAGUAGCAGUGGAAGUUUGGAGGGGCCGCCAUCUUGGUCCCGGCUCUCCACGUCCCCACCGAGCCUGCAGGGCUGCUUGGCGGCGGUGGCCGUGGCGGCCUCCGCGGCGGCAGCGGCGGCCUCCCUGCUCCACGACAACGCGCCGCCCGGGAAGCCGCCCAAGGAAGGUGCAAUGGAUGAACUUCAUAGCCUGGAUCCAAGAAGGCAAGAAUUGCUGGAAGCCAGAUUCACAGGAGUAGUGAGUGGCAGCACGGGGAGUACAGGAAGUUGUAGUGUUGGAGCAAAGGCCUCAACAAAUAAUGAAAGUUCUAAUCACAGUUUUGGAAGUUUGGGAUCUCUAAGUGAUAAAGAAUCAGAGACUCCUGAGAAGAAACAGUUGGAACCUUCAAGGGGAAGAAAAAGGAAAGCAGAAAACCAGAGUGAAAGCAGUCAAGGGAAAAGCAUUGGGGGACGCGGUCACAAAAUCAGUGACUAUUUUGAAUACCAAGGUGGAAAUGGGUCAAGCCCAGUAAGAGGAAUGCCUCCUGCAAUCCGUUCUCCUCAAAACUCACAUUCCGCCCCUUCUUCCGUUCGGCAGAAUAGUCCUUCUCCUACUGCACUAUCUUUUGGGGACCACCCUGUUACCCAACCAAAGCAGUUGUCAUUUAAAAUUACUCAGACUGAUCUCACAAUGCUGAAAUUAACUGCACUUGAAAGUAAUAAAAAUCAAGACUUGGAAAAGAAGGAAGGUCGUAUAGAUGAUUUGCUCAGGGCUAACUGUGAUCUACGACGACAAAUAGAUGAACAACAAAAGCUACUUGAAAAAUACAAAGAAAGAUUAAACAAAUGCAUUUCAAUGAGCAAGAAACUUCUGAUUGAAAAGAGCACACAAGAAAAACUGGCAAGCAGAGAGAAGAGUAUGCAAGACAGAUUACGCCUAGGGCAUUUUACAACUGUUCGACAUGGUGCCUCGUUUACCGAACAGUGGACAGAUGGCUUUGCAUUUCAGAAUCUUGUGAAGCAACAGGAAUGGGUGAAUCAACAAAGGGAAGAUAUUGAAAGGCAAAGGAAACUUCUGGCGAAGCGGAAACCUCCAUCGACAAAUAAUUCACAGGCACCCUCUGCCAAUUCAGAACCUAAACAGAGGAAAAAUAAAGCAGUCAACGGAGCAGAAAACGAUCCAUUUGUUAGACCCAAUUUACCACAAUUGCUGACGUUAGCAGAGUAUCAUGAACAAGAAGAAAUUUUCAAGCUUAGAUUAGGACAUCUCAAAAAGGAGGAAGCUGAAAUACAAGCAGAACUUGAACGUUUGGAAAGAGUUAGAAAUCUUCAUAUACGAGAGCUCAAAAGAAUAAACAAUGAAGACAAUUCACAGUUCAAGGAUCACCCCACGUUAAAUGAGCGGUAUUUGUUACUUCAUUUACUUGGUCGAGGUGGCUUUAGUGAAGUAUAUAAGGCUUUUGAUCUCUACGAACAAAGAUACGCUGCUGUGAAGAUACACCAGCUCAACAAAAGCUGGAGGGACGAGAAGAAGGAAAACUACCAUAAGCAUGCUUGCAGAGAGUAUAGAAUACACAAAGAGCUGGAUCAUCCAAGGAUAGUAAAACUCUAUGACUACUUCUCCUUGGAUACAGAUACGUUUUGUACAGUAUUAGAAUAUUGUGAAGGCAAUGAUCUGGAUUUCUAUCUCAAGCAACAUAAAUUAAUGUCAGAAAAAGAAGCAAGGUCCAUUGUAAUGCAAAUAGUAAAUGCACUUCGAUAUCUCAAUGAGAUUAAGCCACCUAUAAUACACUAUGAUCUUAAACCAGGAAACAUUCUUUUGGUAGACGGGACAGCAUGUGGAGAAAUAAAAAUCACAGACUUUGGCCUGUCCAAAAUAAUGGAUGAUGACAGCUAUGGAGUGGAUGGGAUGGACUUAACUUCCCAAGGAGCUGGCACUUAUUGGUAUUUGCCUCCGGAGUGUUUUGUUGUAGGGAAAGAGCCUCCAAAGAUUUCCAACAAGGUGGAUGUGUGGUCAGUUGGUGUAAUCUUUUUCCAGUGUCUAUAUGGCCGGAAGCCGUUUGGCCAUAACCAAUCCCAACAAGAUAUCCUUCAGGAAAAUACAAUAUUAAAAGCCACUGAAGUACAAUUUCCAGUGAAGCCUGUUGUGAGCAAUGAAGCCAAGGCCUUCAUCAGACGCUGCUUGGCGUACCGUAAAGAGGACCGGUUUGAUGUCCAUCAACUGGCUAACGACGCUUACCUUCUCCCACACAUGAGAAGAUCAAAUUCUUCGGGAAACCUGCAUAUGACUGGACUGGCAGCUUCUCCGACGCCACCUAUAUCAGGCAUUAUUCCCUUCUGAGAC